AUGACUUACUUUGUAGUUUUUUUGGGAGUGGGGUUUAUUUUGGGGGGGCUGGCAGUUGCGUCUAAUCCUUCACCGUACUAUGGGGUGGUGGGGUUGGUUCUGGCUUCUGUUGUGGGGUGUGGAUGGUUAUUGAGUUUGGGGGUUUCGUUUGUGUCGUUGGUGCUGUUUAUGGUCUAUUUGGGGGGGAUGCUGGUGGUUUUUGUGUAUUCUGUAGCCCUAGCGGCAGAUCUCUUUCCAGAGACUUGGGGAGACUGGCGUGUUGUGGGGUAUGGGGUAGGUUUUGUCUCGGUGCUGUGGGUGGGAGCAGUUGUAGGGGGGCUUGCUGAGGGUUGGAAGUUGGGGGUGGUGACUGUAGAUAGUGGAGGGGUGUUUUCUGUUCGGUUGGAUUUUAGUGGGGUGGCUAUGUUUUAUGCUGAGGGGGCGGGAAUAUUUUUGGUCGCGGGGUGGGGGCUGCUGUUGACCUUGUUUGUGGCGUUGGAGCUUGUGCGUGGGUUGUCGCGCGGGGCGAUUCGGGCUGUUUAG